AUGAACUAUCGAUGUUCAUGGCCAAAUAGGCCUACUACUUCUCCGAUGACAUCUUGCACAUGUCCACACACAUUUGACCAUUCGUCCUUUCCUAUACGACAAGUUCAAAGUCCAACUCCAGUACAUACGCGCUGUACUUUUUGCACAAAUGCAAAAAACUACACUGUAGAUGGGAAAAUCGCUCAACUUUUCGGUGAAUCAACGAGAGGCGCCUUCAGUAGUAUCGAAGCAGUUUUGGCUGCUGUAAAUUCUAUUGCUGAUAUGCUUAAUGCUACCCAUCAUGCAGUUUUUAAUUCCUUUCAAGCUGUAUUUGGUGCAUUGGAUGAAUUUGGAAGGCUGAAAACACAGAUACAUUGUUUGCUGGCUUCAACAGCAUUACUGAAAUGGUUGCGAUAUAUAUGGCAACUUUUGCUGAAAUGUUUAAGGUUAAAAGUUAGUGGCGACGCUGGGAUGGAAGAAGCAUGGAUGGGAGUUCGAAAAGAUUCAGAUGCACUCACAACACAGGAAAUUACAUCGCAGUUGGUUCCUUCUAAUCCAUUUCGUUGGUUACCUUCAUUGAUGUUUUGGUUAAUGGCAAUAGGCGUGCCUUAUUUAAUGUAUCAAUCACUUGGAGGAAUGGUGGAUGAAUCAAUGAAAUGGACAACGGGAAACGAUGGUUAUUACGAAGCAUUGGCAACAGAAGAUCAUUAUGCUGAAGAAAACGAUAAUAUAUCGUUUAAACGUGGCGAUAUUUUGCGUGUUGCACCUAGAGAAUAUCAACCGCGAAAACUUGGCUAUAUUUUGGCAUGCUCAACGGGUGGUAAAAAAGUGGGAUUAGUUCCAAUUAAAAAAAUUCGAUUGACAAGACGAGUCGCUGAAUCAUCUGCUUUUACUGGACAGGAUGCCGUUCAAUUAUUUGAUGAUGCACACGCUUUUGAAAAUAAUUUGUAUGACUGA